CCAUAUAUGUUGGGGCAAUAGCGCACAGUGUCAGGUUGGCUUUCAACAGAACCAACAACACCCCGAGUGCAUGUAACGUGAUCUCUAUCGCACCAGCAACAUGAACCUACCCCUCUCCGACACUCGUGACCUAUCUUUACCACCACGAUGCUUCUUCUUACCCUGCUUUCUAUCAUGGUUCCAAACCCCUUCCAAGCUUGUGAAGGUGCGGCAACCUUCCAGGAGGAGUACCGGGGCAGCUUCAGGCCGGACUUUGUUCAAACAUCGAUCGGCCACCAGAUCGUGGCACCGGAUUCUCCUUACGUCGCCGUCGCAGGACAGAAGCAGCUAUACUUCCUUGAUACCCGCCACCACCCUGAUACCGCAGCCCAUAUCAAGAACCAGAUCGAGAAGGCAUCCGUGACGAAGGAUGACGAGCUCAUCUUCAUUGACGAGAUCGAGGUCACGGCAGAAGUGAGAAAUGGAAUCACCGGUGAAACGACAUUCGUGUUUGACCCCCCUUACGCCAGGGUCAUAUUUGCGGCCACCUUUAACAGAGCCAACCCGGACCUCAAGCUGCCAGUACAUGGGCCUCCCGGUGAUUGGCGAGUAGAAUACGAGCCUCAGGACUCACUGGAGAAAGGAGCCACGAGCUGCCUCCACUACGGUUGCCAUACCAGUUCGGACGAUCUUGUUCAGUCUAACAGCCGGGUUGACAACUAUUGUACCGUAGGGCAGAGCAACGCUAGAGGCAUCUGCAGCCCUCUCUGCGGGAGGAAGGUUGAUACACCAAGAAUGGACGGGGAGACUGACGCCGACUACUAUCAACGGAUGGACAAGCUGCACUGGGGUGACGAGACUAUCUCGGAUGCGGAGUAGGGCGAGAAAGCGCAAAUUAGGACCUUGAGGGAGGAAACAAGGUUUUAUUCGGUCAGGGACUCAGGAGAUGGAAGAGAGGAGGAUCACCAAGUUCUACAGGCUCUCAUCCAUUCAACACUCGUCGAUUCACAUCUACUCGACCUAGCGAGCGCUCAGUUCUAGCCUACAGGAAGGAGUAGCACUUCGAUACUACGUAGGUUACAUUAUAUACCAGCAUGUAGCACGCAUCUAGCAAGUAGUUGCUAGCACUCACGAACUGCCAGCGCUCUCAAAAUGGCUGGGAGGUAAACGGAAAGAAUGAUGUAGCUAAGUAGUCUAGAUGACGGUUCGUAAUGCCAAACAGUGAGACUUAGACUUG